AUGACUGGGCGGCUUUCCCCAGAUAUCAACCGACAUAGCACCCUCUCGCCGUCUCAGGUGGUGCUCCUCCAAGCAAGACUGGUGGCAGAACUUCCUUAUACUCUCCCACUGGCAAGGAGGAUAGAAUUCCACCUCAAUCAUCCGCUUUCGGAAACAUCAAGAAUCUUCGUUGCUGCCGUUGUUCCCGGGCAAAAUCAUGAACCCGCCGCGUUGAAUGACGCCGAGUCUGCUGCGGAGGAUGCUCAUGUCCGUGGUUGGCUUGACUCGUGGCUCCAUGAAGAUUCAUCUCCAGGAACAGCCUUGCCAUGGCUUGCGGCGCACAUCGACCUGAGCACACAAGGCCAAACACAAGUCUGGGUAUACGCAAGCUGGGAGCAUCCCGGAGUUGGCUAUUUCUCUUCGUCUGUGACAGACCUACCUUCCGUGUCAGAAGAAGCAUCAGCCACGGUUUCAGAGACGUCCUCAAUCGCACCUGCUGCAUCACUCGAUGGUGAGGGCGAUCCACACGCACAAAUUCAUGAGGAGUUGUUUAACACACUUUUCCGCUACAUAUACACAGAUCUCGUUCCUUGCCAGCCAACCACUCCAAAUGAAGACUGGCUCGAACUCCAACGCACGGGGAAAUACCUCUCUAUCCCAUACUCACGGGACAAGGUGCUCUUCGGAACGGUCCACGAAGUUCUAUGGCGAUAUUUUGAUAAUACUGCCAGAACCAGGAUCGAUCCCAGUUAUCUCAAGUAUGUUUUCAGUCUCCCUACUUUGGGACCACAGGAUACUCAAGACGCGACCAUCAAUCGCGAAGUCAGCCUGCCCGAGGGGUACUAUCUCGCGGACAUGCGGCGCGAGCAUCUCCAGAUGGUGCUCGAUCGGACACCGAUCCCGCGUACACUUGCCUUGCUCUAUCAGAUGGAGUCCCUUGGCCUGUUUUUUGUGGACAAUCCUACCCCAAUCGGCUGGGGGUUUCUCUCCAAGGACGGCAGCAUCUCCAGCCUCCACACAGAAGCGGAGCACCGGGGUAGGAACCUAGCUGUGGCGGUAGGCAAGGGACUACUAUGUAGAGGCAGGAUGAUCUCACAAAGCAAGCAAGGCGUCUACUAUGGACAUGCGGACUCAGCGCAGUCUAAUAUCGGGAGUCGCAGGGUUAUGGAGAAACUGGGCGGUGUCCCCAAGUGGAAGGUUGCUUGGUUGGAGAUCGAUCUUCGUGCAUUGUUACUUGCAAGUAAGUGA